GUGUGGGCAUUAGUUGUAGGUUUCCAUAGACAGCAGGACGUGUGCCUCAUACACGACUGUUUUAUUGGUAGUUUCGUAAAUGAAUAUCGCGAUGUUGUUGCGGAUUGUAACCGCUGUCGCGGUACUAGCGCUGUGCAGGUGCGAUGAAGGCGAGUGGAAGGAAGUUCGUAUUUCUCAGGGAGUGCUCCGCGGUCGUAAGGAUCCCGAAGGGCCUUACGCCUUCUACAACAUCCCGUACGCCACAGCACCCACUGGACCGGACAGAUAUAAGGCUCCACUUCCACCACCUACGUGGUCUCAGCCAAGAGAUGCUGUGGAUGAACAAGUUGCAUGCUUCCAAGGGAAAACCCCUUAUGCAACAGUAGACACUAUGAAGGAAGACUGCCUCAUUGCAAACGUUUUUGUUCCCAAAACUAAGGAAAAAAAUCUUCCUGUCAUGGUAUACGUUCACGGAGGAGCUUUUGAAAUGGGUUCGGGAAAUAUGUGGACUCCUAAGUAUUUAGUAAGAGAAAAGAACGUUAUAGUAGUUACGUUUAAUUAUCGCCUCGGUGUGCAAGGAUUUUUAUGUCUUGGUACAGAGGACGCUCCGGGCAACGCUGGGCUGAAAGACCAAGUAGCACUACUUAAAUGGGUGCAGAAAAAUAUCGCCAGCUUUGGAGGUGAUCCCGACAACGUCACCAUUUUAGGAUUCAGUGCUGGGUCCAUUUCUGUGAAUUUACUGAUGCUGUCGAAGUCCGCAGAAGGACUUUUCACAAAAGUUGUCUCAGAUAGUGGAGUUAGUGUAUCAUCUUUUGCAACUCAAAUCGAGCCUUUAGAAAAAGCCAAAAAUUACGCCCGAAUGUUGAACUUCCACGAUGUCGACGAUUUUUAUGCUUUAAAAGCAUUUUAUAAGAAUACUCCGUUAAAAUCACUAGUGACUGGUACAUUUUUUGACAUUAAAAAUGUUUCGCUGAUAUUUUAUCCAUGUGUUGAACGCCAGACGGACAAAGAGGCUUUCCUUACCGAAGCCCCAAUCAAUAUAAUAAGAAACGGGAACUACAAGAAGGUCCCAGUUUUGGUCGGAGUUGAUAACAUGGAAGGAUUAGUGCAAAUGUCAAACUUCGAAAGAUGGAAAAGCGACAUGAAUGAAAACUUUUCCGACUUUUUAUCUGUUGAUUUACAAUUUGGAAGUGAAAAGGAAAAGAAAGAAAUAGCUCAAAAAGUAAAAGAAUUCUACUUUAAGGGCAAGCCUGUGUCAGAUGAAACAGUACUCGAUUACGUUGAAUACUUUGGUGAUGUUAUGUUUGCGUAUCCGACUCUCAGAACAGUUAGGCUUCAAGUAGAAAAUGGACAUGAUCAGAUAUAUUUGUAUGAGUAUAAUUUUGCGGAUGAACAAACACCUGUAGUGCCUCACACUAACGUGCGAGGAGCUGACCAUUGUGCUCAGUCGAUGGCAAUUUUCGAUGGAGUACAGUUUGUGACGAGUGAUGAAAGUAACUUAACGCCAGAAUAUAAAAGAAUGAAAGCGACAAUGAGAGACAUGUGGUACAACUUUGCAGUUUACGGUAAACCUGCACCAGAAGGUUCACCUUUACCAGCUUGGCCGGCGACAGACGCCAGUGGGUCUCCUUACAUGUCCUUGGGAAGAGAGAUUGAACUGCGGAAUUCAUUCUAUAAAAGGAGUGCUUCGCUUUGGGAUGGCUUGUAUCAGAAGUACUACAGAGAGCCACGGCCACCGCAGCCUCCAAAAGACCGCACUGACUUGUAGUUUCGUUAUUAUAAAAACUAUUAUAUAGUAACACGACUUACCGUCGUCGACUGGGGUCCCCAAAUAUUAGGACAAAAGGAAGAAGACCGAUCGACCAGGGGGCUAAAGAAAGAAGAGUUGUUUUGUGUUAAAAGAACAGUUAUUUACUGUAUUUAAACCCCAUUAUAAUGAAAGAAUUAACAA